UCCUACUCAUCACACGAAGCGCCUUUCUGAUUCGUCCCCCCAAUUAAUACAAUCCCUCCGCCUGUCCUUUUCUCCCCGGAAACAGAAGAAAAGCUAGCAAACCUUCGAUCGAUCGAUUGGCCAUGGACACUAAGAUCGGAUCAAUCGACGCCUGCAUGCCCAACCGCACUGACAUGUGCUCCGCCGCGAACGGCGCCGUUUCCACCAUCCAGAACUCCAUCCCGACCUCCGUCGCCAAGAAUCCCGAGGCCACGCUCGGCCGCCACCUGGCCCGACGCCUCGUCCAGGUCGGCAUCACCGACGUCUUCACCGUCCCCGGCGAUUUCAACCUCACUCUCCUCGACCAUCUCAUCGCCGAGCCCGGACUCACCAACAUUGGCUGCUGCAACGAGCUCAACGCCGGAUACGCCGCCGACGGCUACGCUCGCUCCCGCGGCGUCGGCGCCUGCGUCGUCACCUUCACCGUCGGCGGUCUCAGCGUUCUCAACGCCAUCGCCGGGGCUUACAGCGAGAAUCUCCCCGUCAUUUGCAUCGUCGGAGGCCCCAACUCCAACGAUUACGGAACCAACAGGGUUCUCCACCACACCAUUGGCCUCCCCGAUUUCACUCAGGAGCUCCGAUGCUUCCAGACCGUCACCUGCUUCCAGGCUGUGGUGAAUAACUUGGAAGAUGCUCAUGAGCUGAUAGACACAGCGAUUUCCACUGCUUUGAAAGAGAGCAAGCCUGUCUACAUUAGCGUCGGCUGCAAUUUGCCCGGAAUUCCCCACCCCACCUUCAGCCGAGACCCCGUUCCCUUCUCUCUCAAUCCACGAUUGAGCAAUCAGCGGGGGCUGGAGGCCGCAAUCGAAGCAGCUGCGGAGUUUCUGAACAAGGCGGUGAAGCCAGUUUUGGUCGGCGGGCCCAAACUUCGGGUGGCCAAGGCUUGCGAUGCUUUCGUCGAGCUGGCGGAUGCUUCUGGCUAUGCUCUCGCCGUGAUGCCCUCUGGGAAAGGGCUAGUCCCAGAGCACCAUCCUCGUUUCAUCGGGACCUACUGGGGCGCGGUCAGCACGGCCUUCUGUGCCGAGAUUGUUGAAUCGGCCGAUGCUUACUUGUUCGCCGGGCCCAUCUUCAAUGACUACAGCUCUGUUGGUUACUCGUUGCUUCUCAAGAAGGAGAAGGCGAUUGUUGUGCAGCCUGACCGCGUGGUGAUUGCCAACGGCCCUGCAUUUGGAUGUGUUCUGAUGAAGGAUUUCCUGCAAGGGCUUGCUAAGAAGCUGGAGAAGAACACUACCGCGUAUGAGAACUACCAUAGGAUCUUUGUCCCCGAGGGAGUUCCUCUGAAGGGUGAGCCUAAGGAGCCUUUGAGGGUGAAUGUGCUGUUCCAGCACAUACAGAAGAUGCUCUCUGGUGAGACUGCUGUGAUUGCUGAGACAGGAGACUCCUGGUUCAAUUGCCAGAAGCUUAAAUUGCCCGAGGGAUGCGGGUAUGAAUUUCAGAUGCAGUAUGGUUCAAUAGGUUGGUCAGUUGGUGCUACUCUUGGAUAUGCUCAAGCUGUGCCGGAGAAGCGUGUGAUUGCUUGCAUUGGUGAUGGUAGCUUUCAGGUGACUGCGCAAGAUAUUUCAACAAUGAUUAGAAAUGAGCAGAAGACUAUCAUAUUCCUGAUCAACAAUGGUGGGUACACCAUCGAGGUCGAGAUCCACGAUGGUCCGUACAAUGUGAUCAAGAACUGGAACUACACCGGGUUGGUUGAUGCAAUUCAUAACGGUGAAGGCAAUGUCUGGACAACUAAGGUAUACUGUGAAGAGGAGUUGAUUGAAGCCAUUGAGACGGCUACAGGAGAAAAGAAGGAUAGCUUGUGCUUCAUUGAGGUGAUUGUUCACAAGGAUGACACCAGCAAAGAACUGUUGGAAUGGGGCUCCAGAGUCUCCGCUGCAAACAGCCGCCCACCCAACCCACAGUAGAAGAAGAAGUUCAUAUAGCAACUUGAAAUUUGGUCGUAUUGGAGAGAAGAUUUGCAGUGUGUCAAUUCUAGUAGUUUCCUUUCACGUUGAGAGUUCACAAUAUUAGUUUGAUUGCAGUGUUGGUUUUUCCCCGUCUCUCAAAAGUAAAAAGUUCUAUGUAGAUUCCUUCCUUCCUUCCUAUGGAUUUAACAGUUCGUUAAUGCGAGAGGACCUCUGUUCUGGCUUUAUUCAUAUUGUUUUACCUUCUCAACACGUGUCUGUUCUGCACAUAUCCAGCUCACGUCAGAUAUACUGGAAUAUUCAUUGACAAGUGCGUGGCGAAAUUUCUCCGAUCAGCCUUCGUGGGCUUUGGCUCAAUUGAUAUCAAGAAAGUGAGCUGGGUCUUUUUGAUGUUUAUGGGCC